AUGAGGUUGAUGUCAGUGAAGAUCCUGGAAUCAACAGCUAUGGCAAUCAGCAAUAACUAAAUUUGUAUACUUUCUGAAAACACAUUUCAUUCCAAGGAAUUAUAAAUAAAUUGAGUAAGAUUGAAAUUAAAAUGCAUAUUAUGUAUUAUUUUAUGUUGUUUUAAAGAAUGCUCUAGGCUACUACUAAAUCCUGGUAUAAAUCUGCCCUGAAAGUAAUGUUAUGGUUUGAUUACUUACAUAAACCGCUUUUUGCAAAUAACAAAUAAUUCUGAAACAUUUCUGGCUUGUACCAUAAUGAUUUAAGUGCAUUUGUUAUCUAAUGGCUUCCAAGUUAAAAAUCAAGCAUCUGUUCUAAAAAUAAUUUUAAUAUUGAUUUGAACAUUUAUUGAAUUUAAAAAAUUAUUUACUUUUAAUUUCAGAAGCAAAAUUGAAAUAAAUUUUGCUUCCAGUUAUCUCAAAACUACUGUAAUGUUACCCGGAGCUCUAGUUUGCUAUGCUGAGAAGUUGCCAAACAACAUUUACCUACAUCAGAAUCAACUCUACUCAACUCACUGUUGUAACUUGAAGUUGAACAUCAACUGGUUUGUAAGUUUGCUUGGUGCAUGCACAAUAAAGACUUUAUAAAGUUGUUUAUUUCAGGCUAAACAACAACUGCAUUUAUUUAGUAAUACAAAUGGAGAGAAAAAUUGAACAUGUGCAUGAGGUGUCAUUUAGUAAUAUGACAAUGAAGUAGAUAAUGGCAAAGCAGCUCAAACUGAUGAUUAAUUCUUUGGAUGAACAUAAAAAUAUGAUAGCUAGAAAACUUUUUUCAUGUACAGCAUAAGAUAGUCAGACUAUGGAAGGAUUUGACUACUUUUCUGAAUACUGUUGUCACUCAUUCCCCUAAAAUCUCAGAUAAAUGGAAAAAGUAAAGUGAGGCAGUCUUUUAAGGAGAUAGUCAACAUGCAACCGCAAAAUGAAUAUGGUACUUAUCCUCAAGGAGCACCAUAUCCUAAAGCAUAUCCUGGAACACAACCUCCACCACCUGGAUUUCAAAUGGGAACUGCACCUCCAACUGGUUUUGCACCUAAUUAUACAACAGGAACAGGUCCACCUGGAACAGGCUAUCCAUCAGCACCAGGAUAUCAACCAGCAUCGGGAUAUCCACCAGCACCAGGAUAUCCACCAACAGCAGGAUAUCCUGCUGGCUCUAGUUAUCCAGCUGGUGGACAAUCAUACCCAUAUUCACCAGAAUUUUCACAAACUAAUCAACCCUAUAAUGAACCACCACCAACUUAUGUGUCAGAAAAUAAUGGAUAUGAAUCUGAUUCAAUGAAAGGAUGGGAAGGAAUUACAGAUAAAGCAAUCAGACGUGUUUUUAUAAGAAAGGUGUAUACCAUUCUUAUGCUGCAACUUGGCUUUACUACAGCUGUGAUUGCUUUGUUCAUUUUUGUGCCUAAAGUGAAGGAAGUAGUUCAAAGACAUACUUAUCUCUAUAUUAUUGCAUAUGUGGCGUUCUUAGCACUGUACAUCACAUUGGUCUGUUGCUCAGAAUUGAGGAGAAAAUGGCCAACAAACAUCAUUCUUCUUGGAUUAUUUACUGUAAGUUUAAGCUACUUGGUUGGAGCUAUCUCAAGUUAUCACAACACAAAUAUUGUAUUAAUGGCCAUGGGAAUUUGUGCUGCCUGCUGCUUGGCAAUUACUAUUUUUUCUUUUAACACAAAGAUUGAUUUGACAAGCUGUGGUGGUGUACUGUUCAUUCUUUGCUUUGUUUUGUUCCUGUUUGGCAUUCUUACAAUAUUCACCUACAAUUCUAUAUUGAACACAGUCUACUCUGCAUUAGGAGCAUUGCUGUUUAUGUUGUUUUUGGCUUAUGAUACCCAAAUGCUGAUGGGCGGGAAAAAACAUCAACUCAGUGCUGAAGAACAUAUUUUUGCAGCUUUGCAAUUGUACUUGGAUAUUGUUUACAUAUUUCUUUUCCUUCUCUCUCUGAUGGGUGAUAGAAAAUAAAGUUAUUUAUGACAUAUAUACUACAUACAUACAUACAAAACAUAACAGAAAAUUAAAUAAGAUUUAUUAUAUAGUAGUUUUUGUUUUUUUUUUCCUCCUGUGUUAAGCAAAAAUAUCUUGCACUAUAUUUUCAUUUUGAAAGUAAAAGUUAUUAUUUUGACAAUUUUAUAAUUGAUAUCAAUCAGAACAAUAUACAGAAAAUGAACAAUUAUGAAAUAAGUGAUUUUUAUAUUAUAUAAAGAAAUAUACUAUAUUUAAAAUAUUGUGCAAAAAGAUCUUUGAUUUAUAUGUUCAUGUCAAUUAAUCAAAAUCCAAACUAGGUGUUAAUGUUGUUGAUUGUACACAUUGUAUAUGGUAUUUGUUGAUUAUAAUUCUAUAGUGUACAGAAAUUAAUAACUCUAAAAAAUAAUAGAAUUCAUUACAUAUUCAUGAAAAUUGUAAUACAAUAUGAUCCAAAUUUGCUAAAACAAUCUAUUACAUGUAUUUAAUAUAAUUUUAGAUUAUUUUUAGAAACAACUGGUGUUAUUUUUACAAUGAAAUGUCUAUUUGGGGAUUGUCGUACAAGGUGAAAUUGCAUUUUCAUUAUAGAAGUUUUUUUUAUUAUGGUAUUCCAAUUAUAUCCUAAACAUUUCCUAUUUUAUGCACUUGGUAAUAUGUAUAUAAGAUCAUAUACUGAACUGUAUAAUAUAUUUCAGUUUGUAAAAAUGUUAUAUUAAAUUCUAAUGUUAGUUUAUUCAAUUAAAUUUUUCACAGAUGGAUACACUAUUUGCAGAAUAAUUGUAUAAGUUAAAAAUAUUUUUUCAUGUGGAAUAAAAUUCAGAAAAAAAGAAUUAUUGAAUUUGAGAUUUUAGUCAAAAAUAAAUAAAUAAAAAUCUUUAUUGUUUCAUGAAUAUUUAAAUAAGAAUGUUGUUUUUGUUGUUUUAUUCAUAAAUUUUCAGACACACUUUCUCUUAUAAAUCUCAAACUGUAAUAAUUUUUUUUUAUGUGCGUUUCUUUUUAUCAUA